GUAAAUAAAAAAGAUUUGUUUGGUUUUAUUAAAAUUAAUUUAAAACCAAAAUCAACAGCAAUGGCAUCAGAAAAAUCACUGUCCUACGUCCCACUAAGCUCGGCAAUUAAUCCCAGUUUCUUUAGCAAAUUGUCUCAAUUGAAAUUGGAAGUUCUCAAAUCUGAAGAGAAAUUUGUCCCGAUUUGGGGAUACACCAAAUUGAUAAACGAUCUGAAUCUCCCCGUAAAUCUGAUAGAAGUAGACAGUACAUCAUUUAACUUGCAUUUUUUAGAACACGAAACGCACAUACCAUUCUACGGAAACGUUCAAAAUGUAAAUACAAUCGAAAAAUUCAAAAAUUGCGACAAACAGCUACUUGUCGAUCUAGAAGGCGCCAAGUUCCACGAAAAACUAAUGAACGGAGACAUAUUAAAAAAUCCAUCGUUGAUUAAUUGGUUUCACUUACUGACCUAUGCGGAUUUAAAAAAGUACCAGUUAUAUUACUGGUUUGCUUUUCCCGUACUACAGAACAUCGUACUCAGGAUAGCCCGGACUUGUAACAUUACUGAAGAAUUUUCAGACAAUUUGGUAAACGAUUUGUACAACGAGUUCAAGAAGCUGGACAGCAACCAGAAACCCUAUUUCGCUGUAGUAAAAUUACAAAAUUUCGUUCAAGUGAAUUCCCUGUACGAAACGUGCAACGAUUGGUCGUUCUUCAAAGAGCGCGAGCUGUACUUCGCCUUUAUCAAUUUCGCUCCCGCCGAUAACGUAGGAUCUAAUCUAAGAUUAUACGCUGCUUGUUUAGUGCACUUCCAUCCAGAUUUGGGUAACACGGAAGUGAACUUCAUAGCACUGAACCUGGGAAGGAAUAAAGACGGUGUAACGUUGAAGAGCAGUACCGUAUACAAACUGAAGCUCCCCGACAAUGCCUCGAUCGAUUGGUCCAGAUGGCUGGGCUGGGAGAAAAACGAGAAGAAGAACAUGGGACCGCGAUUCGUUAAUUUGAAGAAAUCCAUCGAUCCGGAAGAGAUCAUGGAAUUGUCGACGGAUUUGAAUUUGAAACUGAUGAAAUGGAAUAUGGUGCCGAACUUGAACUUGAACAAGAUUAAAGCGGCGAAAUGUCUUCUAUUAGGAGCCGGAACGCUCGGUUGCGCUGUCGCUCGAUCCUUACUGGGUUGGGGCGUGAGACACAUGACGUUCGUCGAUUACGGUGUAGUAAAUUCAUCGAAUCCUGUAAGACAAAGUUUGUUUACAUUCCAAGACGUGCUCGAUUCCAAACCUAAAGCUCAAGCUGCCGCUGAUUGUCUUAAAUCAAUACACCCAGGAGUGGUAACUAAAGGUUACCAGAUGAGUAUUCCGAUGCCUGGACACCUAGUAAACGGUGAAGAUAUCCAAGAAGCGAUCGAAAGCGUGGAGAAACUGGACAAAUUGAUCGAUACUCACGAUGUAAUAUUCCUUUUGUUAGAUUCUAGGGAAGGUAGGUGGUUGCCUACCGUACUAGGAGCGCGUAAACAAAAGAUUGUGAUAAAUGCGGCCUUGGGUUUCGAUUCAUAUUUGAUAAUGAGGCACGGAAUACACGUGGAAAAUGCCACGACUCCACAGGCGCACAACACUUCAUCUCGCGAUUUGAAAUCGAUCAGCGGCGUCAAUUUGGGAUGUUAUUUUUGCAACGAUGUCGUUGCACCGGGAAAUUCUACGAAAGACAGAACGUUAGAUCAACAGUGCACCGUUACCAGACCCGGGGUGUCUCAAAUAGCCGGAGCUUAUGCCGCCGAAUUGGCUGUGUCUCUGCUAGUCCACGAUAAAGGGGUAGCAGCGCCCGCGUACUACAGCUCGAAGAAUAACGAAUUAGAUGUAGACGAAACGGAACCGUCCGUGCUGGGAUUAGUUCCGCAUUCGAUUCGAGGAUUCAUUUCGUCUUUCGAGCAAUUUUGCCCGGCCACUGAGAAGUUUACCAAUUGCACAGCUUGCUCGCAGUUCGUGAUGAAGAACCUCUUCCUGAACGGCACGCAGUUUUUGCUUAGUAUUUUUAACGAUUCCAAGCAAUUGGAGAGAAUAUCUGAGGUGCCGAAGUACUGCGAUAGUAUUGACAAUGAAGCGAUUUUGGACGAAGAAUUCUCCGAUUGGGAAAUAAAGUGAUCUGCUUGAUAUUCUUAAUUACAUUUAUUUAAAAAAAAAUUAAGUUCUUUUAAGGAAAUAUAUUCAAUAAAGUUAUC